AUGAGGAUCUCGUGGCGCCUGGGCUCGGGGUACGUCGAGUCGGUGGAUGAUUACAUCGGAGUCUUGGUGCCGUUGGAUGAGGCCCAUCUUUUCAGCCAAGCGGCGAAGUCGAAAAAGUCUACCGAGAAUGAAAAGGCUGAGGGCGAACUCGAUGACCUGGAGGCCAAGGAGGAGCGCGAGGGCAUGCUUGGGGGCGAUCCUGGCGAGUACACCAUCGAGGGUCUACGAAAAGAGAUGAGGGAAGGGCGACAAGGACGAUGGACGACGUAUGAGAUCAAAUCAAAACUCAUGAACAAGGCGGUUGGGGAUAUCGGCAUGGGUAGCUACAAUUGGCAGCUAUUUGUGCUCUGCGGCUGCGGAUGGUUUGCCGAUAACCUCUGGAUGCAGGGAGUCUCCCUUACUCUCCCGUCUCUAUCAGCCGAGUUCGGCGUCGACGAAAAGACGGUUCGAUACACGACCAGCGCCCUGUUCGUCGGCCUCUCCAUCGGCAGCUUCUUCUGGGGCAUCGGCUCCGACUUUCUGGGCCGUCGCAUCGCCUUCAACAUGACCCUCCUCAUCACCAGCAUCUUUGGUAUCAUGGCCGCCUACGCCCAGAGCUGGGGUGGCGUCUGCUUCUUCUACGCCGCUCUCGGUUUUGGUGUCGGUGGCAACCUCCCCGUCGACGGCGCCCUGUUCCUCGAGUUCCUCCCCGACGCCUCCAGCGCUCUCCUGACGCUCUUGUCCGUGUGGUGGCCCAUCGGUCAGCUGGCCUCCUCGCUCGUUGCGUGGUACUUUGUCGCCAACUGGCCCGUUGAGCAGGGUUGGAGGUACUUUUUGGUCACCAUUGGCGUCAUCACAUUUGCCAUGUUUGUCGUCCGCUUCUUCAUCUUCCACCUAUUCGAGUCGCCCAAGUUUCUCCUCAACAAGGGCCGACAGCACGAGGCCGUCGCUGUCAUCCACGGACUGGCCUACCGCAAUGGCACAAAGACUUGGCUUACUUCGGACCUGCUCGAUCAAGUUGCCCUUGAGGAUGACGAGGAGGGUAUUCCUCGUGUAACAGAGCAGCGAAGGCCAAAGCAGUCUGCUGCGGAUGCUCUCCGAGAGAAGCUCCGGUCCAUUUCCGGAGAACGUCUGCGCCCCCUGUUCAAGAACAAGACUCUCGGGCUCGCCACGGCGCUCAUCUGGUUCUCCUGGGCCAGUAUCGGCAUGGGCUAUCCUCUCUUCAACGCCUUUCUUCCUCAGUACUUUGCCCGUACACACGCCGACUCGAACGAGGGCUUCCAGUCCGAGACGGACACCAUUUCAGCAGAGACAUAUCGCAACUAUGCUAUAGCCUCCAUCAUGGGCGUCCCCGGCUCUCUACUAGCUGCCUUUCUCGUCGACCACCCAUCCCCCUUCUUCGGCCGUCGGGGAACGCUUGCCAGCUCUACUCUUCUUUCCGCCAUCUUCCUCUUCCUCUUUGUCUUUUAUGGCACGACCUCGACCGCCCAGCUGCUCAUGUCGUGCGUCGAGGCGUUUGCCCAGAACAUCAUGUACGGCGUCCUCUACGCCUUCACGCCCGAAAUCUUCCCUGCCCCUGUCCGCGGCGCUGGUACCGGCGUGGCCAGCUUCCUCAACCGCGUCACCGGCCUCAUGGCGCCUGUCCUUGCGGCUACAGUUCCCGGUGAUGGUGCUACUACGCCCAUCAUCAUGUCAGCUGUCCUGAUCUUGUCAGCCUUUGUUGCCAUUUGCUUGAUCCCUAUCGAGACAAGAGGUGCCCAGCGCCUGUAA